ACCGGUACCCACACAGAGCUGCUCCAUGCAAAACCCAAGCCAGCUUGCUGUAUAGUUGUACGUACGUUACGUAGGGGACGGAGCUGAGUGGGCUAUAUGAGGUGUCUGGAAAUUUGAAAAAAAUUGUCUCCCGACAGACAUGACAAAAGCCCUCCUUACUUAAUGUCGUUCGUUGACUAAAACAUCGUCAGUGUAGCAAUGGAGCAAAGGCCGGAAACGCCCACCGUGAGGGAGAGAAUUCCGCGGUCGAAAUCGCUGAUUAUGCCAACGAUUGCAAACCCGUUUGUGCACAGAAUUAAACUGAGUAUUUGGGAUAAAAUCAGGAUUGCAGUAAUGUCAGUCACAAUAGCUCCCAUUCGAGCCAUUCUAGCUGUACUCUUUCUGUUUGUCGAUUGGCUCUUCUGCAGUCUCAUUGUCAUGGGACACAGAAAAUCCUCCACAGAACAACAGCAGCCAUACUCAGGUUGGCGGAGAAGUAUGCAGGAUUUUGUGAUGAAACUCGGCCGAGUUCAUAUCUUCCUCCUGGGUUUCCACUGGAUCGAGAUCAGAGGUGUGCGGGCAAGCCCCUCCGAGGCUCAUAUCCUGGUCUUGGCACCCCACAGCAGCUACAUGGAUGCGCUCAUAGUGUUUGCGUGCCAUGGGGUCGUCAGUGGGGUGUCCAGGGAAGAAAACGGGAGGGUGCCCCUGUUCGGAACUUUGGUUGACAGCCUUCAGCCGGUCUAUGUCUCAAGGACGGAUCCCAACUCGCGUCUCAAGACCAUACAGGAGAUCAAGAGACGAUGUCAGCCGGACAGCCAGUGGCCUCAGAUUGUCAUCUUCCCAGAAGGCACCUGUACAAAUGGCUCUUGCCUCAUCACAUUCAAAGGAGGUGCCUUUUACCCUGGCGUUCCAGUGCAGCCUGUGGCAGUACAGUACAAGAAUGAUCUGGACACAUUUACUUGGACAUGGGAUGGGCCUGGAGCCCUGAAACUCCUGUGGCUGAGCCUGUGUAAUUUCAGCAAUAAACUGCAGGUGACGUUCCUGCCCAUCUACACCCCCAGCGAAGAGGAGAUCCAAGACCCCAAGCUGUUUGCCAGGAACGUCAGGGCGGUCAUAGCCAAUGCGAUUGACAAGCCGGUGACAGACCACACCUUUGAGGACUGCCGGCUGAUGAUGAGGGCCCAGGAGAUGGGGCUCCCCCUGGAGGUGGGCCUGGUGGAGUUCCAGAAACUGCUCGCAAAGCUCGGAGUCAAGAUGGACCACUUACAAGAGAGGCUGAAGUCCUAUGCCGACAUAGCCAAGUCCGGUGGUUACAUAGGUAUAGAGGACCUGGCCAAAUAUCUGGAAUUACCCGUCUCGCCAGCAUUGAAGGAGGUCUUUGGUCUGUAUGAUAGGGAUGGCAGUGGGAAGAUUGACUUCAGGGAGUAUGUCAUUGGCUGUUCUCUUCUUGCUCAACCAGCCAAUAAUGACGAAACGCUGAAGCUGGCCUUUGGGAUGUUUGGUGGUGACAAGAAUUAUAUUGAGCCGGAGGAUAUGUGUCGCAUCAUGAACAGCGCAUUUGGUAUGGCAGAUGAGGAAUCCCUGAAAAUCUUCAAGCAAGCAGACGUGCUCAACUCGGGAAAAGUCACAUAUGAUGAGUUCAAGCAGUACAUGCAGAAGAAGCCUGAAUAUGCCAAGCUGUUCACUACCUACCAGCGUCUCGUCACCCUGCCAGAAACCAUCGAGGCCGACUUCAAGAACAAGCUGUGCACUACGGCGAGCGAGCUGGAUGUGGAGCGUUCGCAGACGGAACUGAAGACAGAAGGGGCCACCUCCAAGACAGGAGAGGAAAAGAAAAGGGAUUGACAUGAGGAAGGCUUGGCUCCUGUCUCCAUGUGAUGAUGAUGAUGACAACAAUGAUGAUUAUCCUUCUUUGCGGCUUUCAAGUGUGAGAAAACAAAUCUUGACAGUUUUCUGCUCCAACUUAUGGGAAAGCUACAGUUUCUUUGCAGAAGUCAGCUAAUUAAUUCUUUAAUGGUGGCUCUGCUAAGAUAUUUUCUGAGAAAAGAAAAAUUAGAAACUUUUCAGGAAAAAUCUUGGGACAGGGUAGUUCACUUUACGUUAAAAGGACACUUUCCCCAUGCAAUGUUUGGGAAAUGAAACUCUUGAAAAGCAGGCAGGCAACUAGGAAUUCAGGGAAAAAAAUGCACAAAACCAAAAAGAAAUUUUCAACUGCACAGGAUUUUAUGUUUUCAGUUUGUAAUGGCAUGCAUGUUAGGUGACAAACAUGGAAAUCAGCUGAUCAAAAGGAAAAGUUGCAUGCCUGGACAGAAAACAGUCUGCCUCUCUUACUGUUGCUCUGUCUAGAAGUAAAUAAAUUCUGCAUACACGUGCAAUCAUAACAGGGAAUGUUCCAUAAGAACCAUGCAUAACAGUAUUCUUGCUGUUCAGUACGCUGCAUCAAAAUGUUAUUUUCUUUAAUUAUCCACAGGAUUGUUGUACUGACCAACAAAGAGCUGUCUAUUUUAUUUCCUUUUCUCAGGGUUGGGCUGUCAGCCUUACUUUCAGGUAUACUUUGGUGUUCAGUUGGACUGUCCUGUGCGAAUAGCCUGCAGUUGUUUCAUUGUGAAAUCCGACUGUGAUUUGAACAAUUAGUGCAGUGGGAUCCAUACACUGAUAGUUACAUUUUAGGGUUUAAUGUAGCGGAUUUGCAUCAUUACACACUAGACACAACUUUGUUUCAUUUCCAGUUUAAUUUGAAAUUUCUUUCUAUUCAUUAAUCGGGUAUCAUUCCGAAAGAGUAGGGGUUGGUGGAAUUCCUAAAGGUAAAAUCAAAAUCUUUGACAGCAGGCAUAAAUGCUAACUUUUUGUUGACCAUGCACAGGGGACAAUCUUUAAUCUUGACUGUUUUAUUCAGUGGGAAUGAUGAUUAUUACAAAAGACUUUUUCCUAUUAGAUUUUAACUUGACAGUGUACUCAAGUAUGUUGAGUUAUAGUCAAGUCCUCAGAAAUAACAAGCAAUUUGGGUCUUUACAAAGGCUAUUCAUAUGAGCCAUGAGGAAGUUGUCACUAAGUCAUUGUCAUUUCCUUGUUACUUGGGGCCCUACUUGCGAGUUGACGUGACUUCUAAACAGCGUGGAUUUCUAAGCAUACCAUGGGUGCAUUUUGGCUGUCAUAACCAAGAAUUGGUUUGAUUAUUCCUUGGUGAGUUUCCAUGACAGUUUAAUUGGGUAAGAAUUACAUGCCAUGACGUGGUACUCAAAUCCCCAAAUGAAAUAUCCAGAGAGAAAAAAUAAAAGCCGUUCUCGGUUGAGGCUUCCAAAUGCACCCCAGCUUUCAGUGAAACGGAUAAGAGAAUUGGUCCAAAAGCUCUCAGACGUCGGAAUGGGUAAAUGCUCAAAAAUGAUAGUUUCCAGCACGAACCAUUACUCUGUGCUGCAUUGCUGCCCCAUUGUUCUGUUGACUUUGCCACUGAAAUGUGACUUUAAACCAGUAUAUCACUUCUGUUAAUAUACAAGGUCAGAAGAAAUCAUCAUGUCUGGAGCCAAGCCACAUAAUUGCCAUAUCUUGAACAUUUCUUUAUUUUUUAGUUUUGUGUGAGUUUAUUUAAACUAUUAAGUUGUAGUUUAGGUUUACGGGUCAUAAGUUGUACAGAAAGUCAUUUUUGUUAAAAUACAUGCUACAAAAUUUACUCUCUCAUCGUACUCCUGAAACAUUGAAAUAUGACAAAUGACAAUGUGAUUUUUACUUUUUGCAGUUAGUUAUUAACUUUGCUUUGUUUGCAGUGAUUUAUCAAUGACCUGGUGCAUUCCAUUUGAAAUCAAAAUAUGGAAUACUUAAGAAAAGGGUGUAUAGUGUUCAUUUUAGAGAUUCGCAGACACCAGUGGUGCUUUUAGGGAUAAGAUUUGUAAGGAUUUUUCCUGAUGGUAGGAUUUCUCCUGAUUGUAGGACUUCUCAUCAGGAUUUUCCUGACUUCAGGAUUUCUCAACAAAUCUCUUUUAAUAUAUGGACAAUCCUGAGUUUCCCACAAGGGUAAGAUGCCAUAAAAAUUUCAUGGAAUGGGCAUUUUAAGGAUGAGUUGAGUCAAAAACAAAUGCAUACCAUAGACCCUGCACUGCUGUGGGGACCUCAAAACCUCUAGUUAUUAUUUCAUGGCUGUUUCUUUUCUUCCAAUCUCCCCCCCCCCCCCGCUUUGUAGCUCAUCAAGAAGAGUUUGAUCAUAUAAACACUUACAUUCUACAUUCCAAGGCAAAUGGUGUCCAUCCUGGUGUAUCUCUAUUAAGAUUACUUUGCCAACCUUGACAUUGCAUUGUUAGUUUUACAAGGUACAUGUACCUCGAGAAUUCAUGCACGCACAAAAAACUUAACUUAAAAUACAUGCACAUCAACAUGAAGUUUGAACUUGCUUUUUUGAAUUGUGUGUCCUAUUCAUUUAAUUCAAGCAACUAUAGCUACAAAGUAGUAUUUGAGUAGAGUCCCAUGUGGAGGCAUAUGUGACCCGCUCUGCGACAAUGAGUUUAAGGCCUUUGAAAGUAUCUUGCACAGUGUUUAAGCAAUAGGAAUCCUGAACAUUUUAACAUCUACACAACAUCCAUUUCCAUAUAUAUCAAACUGAGUGACACAUGAAAAUUUUUCCAAUCUAAAACAAAGUAAAAGUCAAAAGUGGCCUGGUGACAAUGCGACUCAUUUUCACAGCGGGUCAUGUGUGUAAUGAUUUUUCUUUUGGGGGUAUUUUUUUGUUGUUUUCUUCAGUGGAAAUGUGUAAGCAUGCAGUUAUUGUAUAACGGCAAGCAAUAAUUGAGGUCUUUCCAAUGACAUUUGAUUGUAAAAUAUGUUAAAUGGGGAAAAACUAUUUUUUAAUAAUUUAAAGUUAUCUAUCCACACUUUUUCACAAAUUAAAACAAAUGUAUAUUGAUUUCUAUAAAUUCGGUGUUGUCCUAGUAAUGGCUUAACAUACAAGUACCCUCAGUACUUGUAUUCAUGUAGAGGGUUUGCAUGGCUGACCUCAUGCAGGUCAGUGUGUUUGUUCCACAAGGCAUGCACAAAGAUUCCCCAUCAACUAAAGAACUGUCCUGCAACAUGGCUACCACGCAAAGUCUCUAUUGCCAGUUCACAUUUCCAGGCCAUUUGUUUAAUACUGAUAAACGUGUGUUAAGUAUUUGUGUACAUGUAUUAAUGCAAAGCAUGCCUUGGACUUAUUAAAUUACAUGAGUAACUGCACUGAGCAAAUUAAAUCAACUACUGUCAGGUUGACCAAUGUCUGCCUAAUGAUGGAUGGUUUGGGCAAUCUAAUUGACCAAUAGGGGCAUGGUUAGAAUACUGGUUGUCAAAGCUGAUGUAAUUUAUCAGUAAGGAGGAUCAAUUCACAUGAAAAUUCCAUUGACUAUGAAUGCAGCCCGAGUUGCAGCUUACAGCAAAAUGACAGUGACAAUGGGAUUCUAGAAAAUAUUUUGACAAGGUUUGUUUGAGUGUGACCGUACUGCAUGCUCACACUCUGGUCGAGCUACAGUUCAUGCCCAUAGUUUACAGGCUGAACAUUGACAAAAGGAAUGCUUUUGUUGCAGUUCAGUUAAAUAGCUUGUGACUUGAAUGCAGACAGGAGGUCUUGUGUUGAUCUUAUAUCCUGUUAAGAGGUCUCAAAUAUAGCAGCAAUGACUGCCUGUCUUAUGAAAGUUUCCAGUUGCUAUGCAAGGACAAGUAGCAUGUGUAAGCCUAAUUGAGAUUGGGGGCAGUAAUGACUUGUCAGUUUGCAUAAAAUGGGAGAAAAAAAUAACCCAAACAACCAAAAAACUGGUAGUUGUUUCAAAGGAGACCGAGACUCUUCACGUACAUGUAGUGUAAGACAAUCUUGCUGCAUUUUUUUAUUCACUUGUUCUACAAUCUGCUGGUUGAUUACAGAGCAAACAGCCAACAAGAAAUUAGUUUAUCCAUUUCCACUUACACUCAUUUUGUAGAAAUAAUUUACACCAUAUGCCAGUUUAUGUUUGGGUCUUCUUACAAAGGGGAAAAAAAGGAGUCACACAUUUUUCAGCUGGCCCCUAGGCACACAGUACAUUUCGGAGGUUUAGGCCAUUAUUCACUUUCUGUCAUGUGGAGAAUAUUUUAACUGAGUUAUUUUUUUGAAAGGUUUGAUGGCCUGUAUGUAUAUUUGUCAGAAAUAUUCCUGUAGUUGUCUGAUGAAAGAAGUGUCAUCACUUAGAGAUAUAUGGGGCCAUUCAAAUUUUUCAGUGUUUUUAAAUUUCGAUUUUUUUUUCCAAAUUUUUUUGACCCACCCACCCCCAUUUUCAAUGAACAAAAAAGUGAUUUUGUCAUCCUGUAUUAAAACUCCCAAUCCAGCGUACAACAUGAAACUGCAUAGACGUACAUGUAUACUUGCACACGUAGAUACAUUUCGAGUUUCAAUUUAUUUCCUUGACCCACCCACUAUUUUUUAAAAAAAAAUCGAAAUUUAAAAACACUGAAAAUUUUGAAUGGCCCCUUACACCUUUUUAGAAGUAAUAUUUAUUUCAUAGAGAAUUCACAUUAGAAGUAGUUGUAUAUGUCUGUGACAGAGAAUGUGAAAUGGCUGCAUUCAAUAUCACAGAAGGAGCUGCAGCGCAUGUGUCGAGAUAUUUCAUUUAUCGCAUUGCAGCAAGAAGCUAGCUUUGGUAUAAGAAGUAAGGAUUAUCAAUCAAGUGAAGAAAAUAAAAGUGCACAAUUGUAAAGAACUGAA